AUGGCUACUGACAGCGUCGACGACAUUAAUGUCGGCGUUGCCCUUAGUACAGUUCUUCUUCUCCCAGGUGAUCUGGAAAAGAAUGCUGGAAUGAGUGAGUAUGAAAAUUAUGCUUUCAUGCUUCAACACUGUGUUCAAGCCGUUCAGCAUGCCCACUCCUUCUCCGUGCAAUCUUUUGAGAACAGGGAGAAGUUAACUGACUUGCAGAAGGAGUAUUCUGCACUCCAGAAGAUCAACAAGGGUCUUCAAGCAAAAAUGAAGAAAUUGGAAGACCAGGCCGAGGCUGUCACUAAAGCCCAAACUUUGGCCGAAGAAAAGGCCGAGGCUACUGAAGCUAUAAAGAAAGUUACUGAAGCGCAGAAAAAUGAAGCCGAGGACAAGGCCACCCAAGCCGAGAAGGAACUUCAGGAGGCCUUGGCCACGAAAAAGGCUGAAAUCAAAGAAGCUGAUGAAAAGGCUUAUGCGCAGGGCAUGGCCGACGUCGCUGAGGAGUACAAGCUUCAAGUUAGGGAAGCAUGCAACAUGGGAUUUUCCCUUGGUUGGAUGUCUCUGCUAAAAAGACUUGACCUCCCUGCUGACUCACCUUUCCGUAAUGUCGACGCUAUUCCUCUCCCAUUUCCACCAAGCCAAGCUAAAGAAGAAUCUGGGUCGGAGCCUGAGGAUGAAGAUGAUCAGAAUGCUGAGGCCUUGAUGAAGAAACCCAAGGGUGAUGCUGGGGUCAAGUCUCCUUCUCAAAUUGAGCCCAUCCUGGACAUAACUUUGGAUGAAGAGGGUGAUGAGGUCGGGGAGGCGCCUAGGGAAGCUGUUACAGGGGUAUUAUCGUCUGACCUCCUAUUAGCUGAAAGAAAUCUUAACAAAACGCUUGCAGAGAUUGAUGCCGAACUGGCAGCAGAGAAGGCCGCUGAAGUAGUUCCAUAG